CAAACUGAAUAGUAUUUAAUUUCUUCAUAUAUUUUUCUAAAUAAAAAUAAGAAAAUAAAAGUGUCUGAAAAUAAAGUGGAGAAGUUGCAUUGCAAGAAAAUUUAAAUGUUAUAAAAUUAAUUCAGUGUUAAAAUACGAAAUGAAUAUUGCAUGUAGACGUUCAUCGAAACCAAUCGCAAAAUGCAUAUAUUCCUCAAUAAAAUGUAACCAUAUUUUUACCAAACCGUUUGAUUGCGAGAGCGAAGUCGUAAAAGAAGCCGAAAGAAUUGUGGAGAAUUCAGUUUCUCAUUUGAACCAGGAGUGGUUGUUGGUGAAUAACACGGAAAUUGCGCCGUUUAUAGAAACCGUAGCAGAACAUCCUCUAGUAGAAUAUACAAGAAACUUGUUUUCAAACCAAGAGUUUCCAUCAUGGAGCCUUUUAUUACUGCUGAUCUCAAAACUAGCCGGCUCAAAAUUUGAAUCUUCCAUAAAUCAAUCACAAACAACCUUAACCAAAAUAAUGGAGAAGCUUCGAUUAAGUAACAUUAUCCAUAAGAGCAUGCGAACCAUCCUAAGACAUGAAAAAGGCAUCGAAGAAAUUUGCACUACAAAUCAGGUUCUUCUGCUAUCAGGGGAUUACAUUUUCAGCACGUGCAUGCUGGAUUUGUCGACAUUAGGUAGCUGGAGAGUCAAUGAAAUAGUGUUUAGCUCCGCAAGAGACCUCACUGAGGCUGCAUUUAUUCCACCAGAAUAUAACCAGAAUAUGACAAUUCCUGCUCCACCUAAAUCUAAUGUAGAAAACGUGGUAAUUCGUAAUUAUAUUGAUUCUGGCUCAAUAUCGUACGGUGAUGCAUUAGGCAAUGCCAAAUCCGAAUGGAUUGCGAGGCAACUAACAAAUGAGGCACACAUAAUGGCAAAAUUUAGCCAGGCGUCUACAGUGCUUGCAAACCAACCUGAGGAAUUGCAGGAAUCAGCUUACAUAUUAGGAAGGAACUUAGCCUUAGCAAUGCAAUUAAGGAAAGAGAUUUCCAUAUUUCGACCCGGGAAUUACACACCUUUUCUACUAACAAACGCUCCUUUAAUGUUCCACCUUCAAGACAAUGUGGACGAUUACAAAACGAUUACAGAUUCUUUCAGCAAGUGCGAUAUUUUCAAAUACGAUUGUAUCCGGGAGUUAGUUGCAAAUGGAAGCGGUCUCCAAAAAUCAGUGGAAAUGAAGACGGAAUUAGUCAAUAGUUGCUUGGAAGUUUUAAACAAGUUUCCUGAUAAUGAUGCUAAGGAUGUGUUAAGUAAUAUUUUACUCGAUGUUUAAUGAGCCAAUAAAUAAAAAAAAAUCAGUAGUUCCAAGUAUAAACUUAUUAGGAACAGCAACAGCAUAGGUAGA